AUGGCAUUGGUCCAACGCAAUACCCACGAACGUAUACUCGCUUUCUCAAAAAUUCUUCAAGCCAUUCGAGAGGAUGACCUGUGGACGGCUGCUUGGUGUAUGUCAAAGUUCCUUAAAACACCACACGUCCUAUCACCUAGCGAAAGGAAAUUGUUACAAGACGACUACAGUUACCGAAUGAACCGCGUUCGAGACGCCACCAAUCUGCUCGAAUCACUUGCGUUUAAACAUGCCAAGGAGGACCACGACGACUGGCUCGAAAAGGGAAAUCCGUUCCCUGCGGUUGAAGAAGCGAGCUUCAGGAAACACGGAGGAAAUCCAAUUGAUCGACUGCUUGACGAGAUCUGUACCUACAGUCGAUCGGCCGGUUACUUGCGCGCAAUCAUCAACAUGAAGGUCAGGCUGCCGCCGCUGACCUCUGCAGAGGAUGGGGUCGAGGUAUUUGAGCUGGAGGCGAUGGGACCAAGCCCCGGCGUCAAAAAUGUUGAAAACUUGGAUGUCUCGGAGCUUGACUGGGAAAUCAUCCGCCACGAGGAGGUUUGUCAAGGAGCUUAUCAGGGCCAACAAUGGACGACACCAAAUAUUUGA